GCGAGGCGCGGCGUCUCAGUCCCGGAAGUCUGUGGUGUCUGAGUCUGAUUAGCGGUGGUGAUGGGUUUAGCCCAGCGUGUAAUCCAUGUAAAGGAAGGGUAACCUAACCGCUGUGAGCCUUGGAUCUUUCUACCCUGUACUGAAAAUACUUUUCUUCAUUAAAAAAAACUGUUUGGAAAUGUGUUUGGGUUAAGGAUUCCUUGGCUGUUAUAGAAACAAGCAUAUCUGGGGAAACACUAUGCUGAACCAGUGGCCGAAUCUAUACAUUGUCCUAAAAGCGUGGUUUGACAUACCUCAGUCUGAACGGUGACUCCUGCAGCUAUCUCAAAAGCAUGCUUGCACUUGUGAAAAGGGCAAUGUAUCUUUGUGUUCGUCUAAAGAAGACAAAUUAUGCUGGCAUCUUUCCGUAUCUGUGGAUGGGAAAACCUCCUGCACAUCGUACUGUGUUUCCCAGGCAAAAUCACUCUGCAACUGGCAAGGAUGCGGUGGAUAUGUCAAAGUUUCCAGUUGAAAAUGUUAGAAAUUUCAGCAUAAUAGCUCAUGUAGACCAUGGCAAAAGUACUCUUGCGGAUAGACUGCUGGAAAUAACAGGAACAAUUGCCAAAACUGAGCAUAAUAAACAGGUGCUGGAUAAAUUGCAAGUGGAGCGGGAAAGAGGAAUCACCGUGAAAGCCCAGACUGCUUCUCUUGUUUAUAACCACGAAGGAACAAAUUACCUCUUAAAUCUCAUUGAUACACCUGGCCACGUGGAUUUUAACUAUGAAGUUUCGCGAUCGUUGUCGGCAUGUCAAGGUGUCUUGCUUGUAGUGGAUGCAAAUGAGGGUAUUCAAGCUCAAACAGUAGCAAAUUUUUACCUUGCAUUUGAAGCACAGCUCUCAAUAAUCCCGGUGAUAAACAAGAUUGAUCUAAAGAAUGCAAAUCCUGAGAGGGUUGAAAAUCAAAUUGAGAAGGUAUUUGAUAUCCCCAAAGAAGACUGCAUCAGGAUUUCUGCAAAACUUGGAACAAAUGUUGAAAGAAUACUUCAGGAAGUUGUUAAAAGGAUCCCUCCGCCCAGUGUUAGCACACAUGAUCCAUUGAAGGCAUUGGUGUUCGACUCCACCUUUGACCCCUACAGGGGUGUGAUUGCCAACGUUGCCCUGUUUGGUGGGGAGGUUCGCAAAGGCCAUAAGAUCACUUCAGCUCACACAAAAAAGAUUUAUGAAGUUAAUGAAAUAGGGAUUCUGACACCCAACGAGCAGCCAACACAUAAAUUGUAUGCUGGCCAGGUUGGCUAUCUGAUUGCUGGAAUGAAAGAUAUUACGGAAGCCCAAAUAGGAGAUACUCUUUAUUUACAUAAUCAACCAGUGGAGCCCUUUCCUGGGUUUAAAUCAGCGAAACCAAUGGUCUUUGCAGGAAUGUACCCAGUAGACCAGUCAGAAUAUAAUAACCUGAAAAGUGCUGUAGAAAAACUGACGCUUAACGACUCCAGUGUUACCCUUCACCGCGAUAGUAGCCUUGCCUUGGGAGCAGGAUGGAGGUUGGGUUUCCUCGGCCUUUUACAUAUGGAAGUUUUUAAUCAGCGUUUGGAGCAAGAAUACAAUGCAUCUGUCAUUUUGACAGCCCCCACAGUCCCAUACAAGGCAAUUCUUUCUUCAGCAAAAUUGAUAAAGGAAUAUGGGAAAGAGGAGAUCACCAUCAUAAAUCCUGCUGAGUUUCCUGAUAAAUCAACAGUAAUUGAAUAUUUGGAGCCUGUUGUUUUGGGCACAAUCAUAACCCCUGAAGAAUAUAUUGGGAAAAUAAUGGCUCUCUGCCAGAAUCGAAGGGCUGUUCAGAAGGACCUGCUGUACAUUGAUGACCACAGAGUCAUGAUGAAGUAUUUCUUUCCACUGAAUGAAAUUGUAGUAGAUUUUUAUGACAGUCUGAAAUCCCUGUCCUCUGGAUAUGCCAGUUUUGACUAUGAAGAUGCAGGAUACCAGACUGCAGAACUUGUCAAAAUGGACAUUCUUUUAAAUGGAAAUGCUGUAGAAGAACUGGUAACUAUUGUACAUAAGGACAAAGCAUACCCUGUUGCUAAAGCCAUGUGUGAACGUUUAAAAGAUGUUAUUCCAAGACAACUGUUUGAAAUAGCUAUUCAGGCAGCUGUUGGAAGCAAAGUAAUUGCAAGAGAAACAGUCAAAGCUUACAGAAAAAAUGUCCUGGCAAAAUGUUAUGGUGGAGAUAUUUCACGGAAAAUGAAACUUUUGAAAAGGCAAGCAGAAGGAAAGAAGAAGUUGAGGAAAAUUGGGAAUGUGGAAGUUCCAAAGGAUGCAUUCAUCAGUGUUCUAAAGCGACAGCCUGACAAGUAGUUGGAAGUCCACAAAUAUUACUUCCAGCUAUUUUUAAAAGUAAAGCUAAAGAACCAUUUUACUAACCUUGUUUUUACAAGGUGUGUAUCCUGUCUUGAAUAUGAUAUACCCUCAUGUGUAUAUACAGCUCAGGCUAUGAAUCAUCAUGAAUGUAAAUGUACACUUUUGACAAAUGCUUUAAUUUAAAAAAACUUUUAUAAAUUAUUGUAAAUGGCUAGAAAGCCUCUUCAAUAAAGCAUUCUGGCUAAUGGUCAAA